CAUUGAUCCUUAGUCCAUAACCAAAUAUCAAAGCCACCAAAAAAAAAAAACACAAGAGUCUCAUUAUCUCUCUAAUUCCAAAGAUGGAGAAGAAUGUAUCAAUAAGCAAGAAGCUAGGGAACAUUGUACGUUUUGUCUUGUACAUGAUACACAAAGGCAUUUCAAAGCAAAAGCUCCUUGCCGACUUUAAUGCCACUCUCAAACGCGGCAAGAAUCUCAUGCUCCACAACCGCCGCCGUUUCCCAGCCACCGCCUCCGCUGUUGCGUCCCAUCCGCAGAAAGAGUACGAGUUUAGUUGCAGCGACACUCCCAACUACAUAUUCCCCUUUAACAUGGCCGCCUUCAAGAAGAAGAGCCACCACAACAGUCUUUUCUCGUGUGGUCACGCGCCACCGACCCUUGACGACGACACUUCCGUCUCCAGAGCCGUCCUAGAGCUUCUCAACAGCGGCGGAGAUCAUGAUCAGGGAAGUAACACCCCAGCUUUGUCAGUCGAGGCCUUGACGGCGUUAUCUCCUUACUUGCCGGUGUUUGGACGGAGUACUCCGUCAGUGAGGCCCUUACGGGUAACGGACUCACCGUUUCCGUUACGGGAAGAUGGUGACGUGUCUAACGGAUACGUGGACAAAGCAGCGGAUGAGUUUAUAAAGAAGUUUUACAAGAACUUGAAUCAGCAAAAGAAGAUGAUCGAGUCCUCACCUAAUUAAAUCUCCUCUCUUUUUUUGGCGGCCUUUUUACUUUCUCUCUAUCCCUCUUCCUAAAUAUUUCCUCUAUUUUUGGCUGAUUUAGUUCCGAAGUUGUAAUAAUAUUCUUGGUUGGGCCUUGGAGGGUGGGGAUUAUUUUCUCAUUUCUUGAUAAAACUAGAUUAUCAUGAAUAAAAUAUUAUUCGGGUGGCCAUUUUCUAUAUUUAAUCAGAGGUUAUGGCCAUUUUCUAAAA